AACGAAUAAAUAUCUAUAUACCUUGUAAAUUUUGAAAAUGAUUCGGAACUACCUAAGCAGAUGUACAUUUCACACUACCCGUCAAAUCAAAGCGAAACCGGCCAGAAUAAUGGGCAAAGUGAUGGGUUUCGCUAGAAAGAAAAAGCAUUACUUCGAAUCAUCCUCGGUGUUGCCUUCGACAGGAUCGUUAUCGGUAGGAUCAUUUGAAACAAAAAUAACAGGCAGCUCCAAGAGGUCAUUCGUAUUAAACAAACUGUUUAUGCGGCACAUCACUGACCUGAUGGCUACUGGUGAAUAUUCGGACCAAAUAGUGGGACUUGGAGUCGAGAUCAACAAGGUUAAGAUUACAAUGGAUUAUAAAAUUUUGAAAGUGUAUUGGGUAGCGAAAGCGAACCAAGACGAGAACACGACCGAAGAGUUGCUAAGGAAGACUGCCGGAUCCUUGCGUCACGAACUGUCCCAAUUGCGAGUCUUGGGUGUCGUACCUAACAUCAUAUUUGUUAAAGACAGAUUGCUGGUAAAUGCAUCAGAAGUAGAAAGCAGACUGAGCAUAGCAGAUUUUGGUGAAGAUCACAUUCCCAUUGAUCCGGCAGACCUACUCAAGACAGAGUUCCACCUGUGGACUACACUCAACAGCGAUACAAAGCAAAAAGUUAGGGCUCAAGAAACGCCUUUGGGGGCAUCUGAGGUCGAUGAAUUGCCGUACAUGCCACAAAAUGUCUUGGGCCUAGACCAUGCAGACAUUAUGGACCGAAUAAAAAAGGCCAUUAAGAAGUCAAAGGCCGGACUUCGAAAGCGCUCUGACGAAUGGAGCCGAUUUAAGGUUAUGCAGCCAAUCAACCAGAACCCCGUCAGUUACAAGAGUAACAGGGCCCAAAGAGAGGCGUUUAAGGAAUUUUUGAUGAAACGAGAGCUAAUGAGAGCAAAACUGAACAAAGGGGAUAAAAAUUGGACGCCGGAUCAGGAAUAUUGGAUUGCCAUGGCCAGGGAUCGCCACUUGGAAGAUAUAGAAACCCCCAAUGAGGACAUUGAAGAUGAAGAUUUUAUUGAUGAAGAGCCCGAGGGUGGAUAUCUCUCUGAUUAUGAUAUUAAAUAAAUUAUUAGAAAAUGG